AUGACCGGCCGGGACGCGGCUGCCCACGGGGGGAGCAGGGCGCUGGCGCCCCGCAGCCCACCCGGCCGGCGUCCCCGGGGCUUUGCUAUCACAGACCUUCUGGGCUUGGAGGCAGAGCUGCCGGAGACACCCAGCCCACCGCAGCUGCUGCCGCCCCAGGGGUCACAGCCCCCGAUCCCCCAGCUCCAGAGCCGCCCGGAGCAGGGGGACAGCGCCUGGACGGCAGAUGAGGAGAGCCCCUCUGAAGACAGGAGCGACCCAAAGGCAUCUCCUGGUCUGGGCAAGAGGAAGAAGCGGCGGCACAGGACUGUGUUCACCACCCACCAGCUGGAGGAACUGGAAAAGGCCUUCAGUGAAGCCCACUACCCUGAUGUAUAUGCCCGGGAGAUGCUGGCCCUGAAGACUGAACUUCCUGAAGACCGAAUACAGGUGUGGUUUCAGAACCGGAGGGCCAAGUGGAGGAAGCGGGAGAAGCGCUGGGGCGGCUGCAGUCUGAUGGCCCAGUAUGGCCUAUACGGAGCCAUGGUGCGCCACUGCCUGCCGCUGCCUGCUGCACUGCUUGGCUCCUGCCCAACCCCUGCAGGCUCCUGUGCGCCCUGGCUGCUGGGGAUGCACAGAAAAUCUACAAGCCUGAUGAAGAAACAAGGAAGUGAGGAAAAGCUGACAGGACUCUGGGGCUCUGGCCACCUCAGAGAGGGGUCGAACCAGCUGACAGGUCCCCAGGACAGUGUAGAAGAAGCCAGCCCUGAGGGGGACUCAGAAGAGGUGGCCAUUGACCUUUCCAGCUCUGCUCGGCCAGAGAGCAAGACCGGGCAGCAGGGGCCCAGUGCCCAAGGACAGUUACACCUAGAGGGUCCAGAGGACCUCCAGCAGGAGAAGGAUGGUAUCCAGCAGGAGAAGGAUGGUAUCCAGCAGGAGAAGGGAGUUGUCCAUUAG